ACGCGCUUUCAUUAGUACAAUUUCAAAAAUUAAUAUCUUUAUUAAUAUUGCAAGAAUCGCUAAACAGUAUAGGACUUCUGUAUUUAUUUCAAUUCUAUCUAUCUUCCUGUACAAGAUUUGAGAAACCUCGCGGCAUACCCUGUAUAUCCGUAUAUUAGAAAAUUAUAUAAAUUAGCAGAGAAACAAAAGUCGACGGAGCGUGGCACAGAAAAUGGAGGAUCCCUCUAAGCCUUUACGACGGCUCGCACGUGAGCCAUGAUACUUUUCGCGGUUUUGGUUCUAAUACCGUAUUUUUGCCCGAUUUCCCUGGUGACCGGUGUUGAAACGAUCACGACGUCAUGGGAGUCUGCGACCAAUAAGCCGGCGGUUCGCAUCGUCGGCGGGGAAAUCACCAGCAUCAAGAAUUAUCCAUUCAUCGUAUGCGUGCGACGUGCCCAUUUUUCUCACGCACACAAACGGUUGCUCGACAACACUUGGGCAACGGAGAAUCCACGCCAUUUCUAUGUAAUAGCCGGUGCGACCUACGUGUAUUUACCAAAUUGGGGUUCCAUGCAAGUGGAAUUAGUAGACAAGACAUUGCCGCACACAGAGUUUCGAUUCUCAGACAUGCGAAACGAUAUUGGAUUGUUCAGGCUGAAGAAACCUCUUUACAGAAACGCGUACGUUCAAUACGUCACACUUCCAUUGGUAUACAUCACUGAUAUAUUCCAGAAAUAUACGAAGGAUUGUGUAGCGAUUGGAUGGGGUCGACACAUACCUAAUUUAAACCAAGGAAGUGGUACAUAUUUGCGACACGUUCGAAUUCCAUUAAUCUCGCCUAACAAAUGCCCUAUGCCAAAUGUGCACAAACAAAAGCAAUUAUGCGCGGGUGUAUUGGAAGGUGGUCGCGACGCCUGUCAGGGUGACAGUGGUGGACCAUUAUUAUGCGACGGAACGCAAGUUGGUAUUGUCUCUUGGGGCGAAGGAUGUGCUCGUCCGAAUACAGCGGGUGUUUAUUCUCGUGUGGAUUUUUAUUUACAAUGGUUAAACGAAACUAUUGUUCAAAAUGAAGCCACGAAAUACUCUUUCCAAGACAUUAUAAUUGUUUGCGUCUUAUUGCCUGUAUAUUUUAUCGAUACAUUGAUUAUUUCGUUCUCCUCGUCUCUCGAGAAUGAACAGUUACGAGUGAAAGUGAUCUGGGCCUGGAUGACGCACGCGUAUCUGAGUCCCAACAGUCUACAGACUGCAGUCAAAGGAAUCGGUACUGUAUUUACUAUGUGUAAUCGGCGAUAUCGGAGUGAUUAA